AUGGUUGAUCUGCUCAAGGAUCUCCAAGCCUCGGUUCCAGAAGAGAAGAAACAGCAAAUAGACGAUUUGUUGGGCAGAGAUGAGCUAACAGAAGAAAAGGUCAUCCCCAACGUGCCCGUUACCGCGACGGCGUCAGGCUCACGAGAUGCACCCGAUCCUAGGGAGACACCGGGAGAAGACAACGUGUCCGCUGAAGUUGGCUCAAACGACGAAACGGAUAUGAUUGACGAGGAUCUACUCGAGGACGAAGAUUCCUUAGCGACCGGAUUCGUUGGCAAAAGCUCCGAGGUCCAAUGGCUGCGACGUGUGCGACAAGAGACAGAACUUCGUGCCAAUACCCCAGCCGUAUCUGACGGACCGUAUGGACCUCCCGGUGACAGCCCAGAGGCUGUUUUCGGUCGCAUGGAGGCCUUCAAACGGCGUAGACAGCAACAGCCCAAGGCUCGAGAACCAGUUCGUUCCUCUACGUUUUACUUGGAUGAAGCAACCAUUGAGGUGGACUAUUCCGCAAAUCCAUUCGAAUUACCCUCGGUGAAUAUUGCGCAGACGCUCGUCGAUAGCUACAUGACUACUGUUCAAGAUACGUUCCCAGUACUUUCGAAGCCAGAUUUCAAAAACCAAGUUUACCAAUAUUAUGAGUCCUUUUCCCAGGGAACGCCUUCCGCCAUGCCAGAAACUUGGCUCGCGAUAUUGAACCUCGUCUUUGCCAUUGGAGCAAAACACGCGCAAAUGGUGCAGGCCAAUUGGCUCGUCGAUGGCCAAGACCACUUCGUCUAUCAUUCUCGUGCACAGAUCCUCAGCCUCAGCGGACCUGCUCUAGUCUCCCAUCCAGACCCCUUGCAGACUCAGCUAACUGCUCUACUUGCCUUCUACUUCUUGUCUGUCGGCCGCGCCAACAGAGCCUGGGUGGUCUUGGGCACCGCUAUUCGUUAUGCGCACGCUCUCGGUCUACACGUUCGAAACGAAGACCCCACCGCCUCCGUGAACAGAAAGGAAACUCUGGUGCACAUGUGGUGGGCACUGUACACUCUCGAGGUAAAACUGAGUGCAAUGGUCGGUCGGCCGAAUUCUGCCUCAGACUACUUUUGCUCCGUACCUUUGCCGUUGCCCGUGGCAAAGGAACAAUUGAUCAACGAAAAGGUGCCCUCCCAGUACUUUGAGCAAUACAGAGCCGCCGGCAUUCACCAAACUAGUGUUGGGAUCAGCUCAGCGACCUUUGAGCCUGCAAAUGCUGGCUCAUUCCUAAAGGCCAUUGUCCAGAUUAGCAUUAUUACGCAAAAAGCCAUGGUUGAGUUGUAUUCUGUUAGAGUGGUUACCCGCUCCUGGAAGCACAUGCAAGAGUCGAUUGCUAGCUUGCGGGACCAGCUCGAGAUGUGGUCAUCAUGUUUACCCUCAGAUUUCCACUUCACCCGACCAAACGUCGAUGCCACGCUUGCACGCGAACGCUGCAUUCUCAAAAUGUAUCACAUAGGAACAAGAAUGCUCAUAACCCGACCUUGCUUGUGUAGACUCGAUAGUCGCAUUCCAAACCAGACAAAGGCUUCAGACGACAUGAACAAGACAAUGGCCAGGGAUUGCGUCGACGCAGCCAAGGCAAUGGCAAACAUUUUGCCAGAUCAAGUGGAUCUGCCAUACUUGUAUCAAACUGGGCCUUGGUGGUCCUUGGUCCAUUACCUUAUGCAGGCUCUCACAGUCCUGCUACUGGAAAUGUCAUAUGGUACAGUCCAUUUUCCUGAAGAUGGGAAAGAGGUCACGCCAUCAGCAAAGAAGCUAAUCAGGUGGCUGAGGGCAAUGAAGGAGAAUGACCCACUCGCACAGCGUGCGUAUACGGUGGCUUUUGAACUACUUCAAAAGGUGGCUUCACAAGGUCAUGUCGAUAUCACAGAUUUGCUGGCAGAGGAGUCUGCAAGCCAUGGAGCCGCACAAGCGUCCGGGUUUGAAGAUCCGUUUGGGCCGAGCAGGCAUGAUCAGAGCCGCCCAUUUUCAACGGGAGAGCACAGUCAGCAAAUGGGUCAGGAAGGCCAUGGCACGCAUCCGGCCAUGUUCGGGUUCCCGUCAGGACAAGAUGAAGAACAUUACCCGCAUCCGCCGUUUGCACAUGGGGCAGGAACGCAUAUCUUCAACCCGCCGUUCUCUGGUAUUUCAUUUGGUAAUAUGUUUUCAACUGUUCAUGACGAGCAGGACUCUGUUCCACCCAACGACGAUUUCCUAGAGUAG